CUCCUUCCCCUCCCCGCCCCGCCGUGCGCAGGGGCAGGCGCGGGCCCUGCCUCGCCCCGUCAGCGGAAGGAGGAAGCGCCAUGGCCGAGGAGGCCUGGGCCGGCUUCUCGCAGGAGGAGCUGCAGCGCCUGCGGAGCCAGCGCCCAGAUUUAUAUGAACCCUCGGAGCAGCAGCGUCGCCCGCACACCGCGAGUAAGAGUCGGAAACCAACGCAAAGAGAAAGAGCCUUCCAGCAGCAGUGUCAGAAGCUGCAGGGUGGAGCAGCCUCUGUUCCUCCUGAGCAGCUGCUUUCUGCACCAAAACACAAGCCUGGUCAUCCUCAGCAGCCUGUGCCAUCACCUCAUCCUCCUCCAGCAGGAGAUCAAAAGCAAAGUGAGAAAGGAGAGCAGCAGAAGGAAGGGACACCAGCAGCUUGCAAUGGCAGUGGCAGUGCACAGACCCACCCUGCAAAGACAAACUCCAGUGUGGAGAAAAAGAAAGUGGCAUUGCAGGAAAAGUCACGGUGGGAAAUCCUCCAGCAAGAGCAGCGGCUGAUAGAAGAGAAGAACAAACGCAAGAAGGCACUGCUGGCCAGAGCUAUUGCUGAGAGAUCCAAAAGAACUCAAGCUGAAACAGUGAAACUGAAGAGGAUUCAGAAGGAACUGCAAGCUCUGGAUGCCAUGGUAUCUGCUGACAUCGGCAUCCUGCGGAACCGCAUCGAUCAGGCCAGCCUGGACUAUUCCUGUGCCAGGAAGCGCUACGAGAAGGCCGAGUCGGAGUACGUGGCAGCCAAGCUGGACCUGCAGCACAAGACAGAGCUGAAGGAGCAGCUCACAGAGCACCUCUGCACCAUCAUCCAGCAGAACGAGCUCCGCAAGGCCAGGAAGCUGGAGGAGUUGAUGCAGCAGCUGGAAGUGGAGGCAGAUGAGGAAAACCUGGAACUUGAGAUCGAGGUGGAGAGGCUGCUGCAGCAGCAGGAGGCAGAAGCAGGGAGAGAAGGCAGCCAGGCCCAGGCUGGGACAACUAAGGAGAACCCCACUCCUGGGGUUAGGGCACGGGAGAGUGAACAUGCUGACCCUGCUGCCCCUUCCCCUGCUGGCUCUGAACAGUUGGUCCAGUCUGAAAACUCCAGUGCCAAACCUCUCUCCAGUAUGGACAGCCAAAGUCCAGCAGGAAAUGUGACUUCAGGAACCUCCCCAGCUUCUGAGAGAUGACUACAGUGUUCUCCUGGGCUUGGUGCUCUGUGUUACAUCUGGGCUUCUGCCAUGCCAGUAACAGACACUACAUUUCUCUUUUCCUUUAAUAUUUUUUUGACAUUUUAGAAGCUCUUUUAUUCACAAGACUCUGGUUUGGGGUUCACCAUCUGUCUUCAUCAUUCUGGUUGAAGUUCAUGUUCCAAUGCCCAUCACUUCAUGGGGCUUUGCACCUUCCUGGAAGAGGAAGGAAGAGUUGGAAGCAAACAGUAGAGUUUUUCCAAAGGCUUUCAGCAUUUUGAUACCACAGAUACCUGUGCAAGGCAGACGUAUCUACAGGAGGAAAUACUGCAACUUCUUCCCUUUCUGAAUGCAUUCUGUCCCCUGAAAACUGCCAGAGGACAUUUAUCUUCUUUCAUAUCCAUAAGGGACUGGUUUUCAAUGAUUUUUAAUCUUGUGAAACCCAAGUGCUUUCUUUAAUUAUCUUCAUAGCUGAUACUCUUACUUGUAUGUGAUUUAGAGGAAAUCUGCAUAUUGCAGCAAUUUGCUAAACCAGUGUAAUGUUUCCUUUUUCUCACUGUGCCUGUUCCUUUCAGAUCAUGCUAUGUCACACCAGGCUGUGUAUUGGUAACAUUAUUAUCUGUGAACUCACAGCAGCUUUGAUUUAACAAAAAAGAUGGGUUACAGCUUAAAAGCAAUGCAGAAUGUGUGAUGUGGAAGUAGAGACACACCAAAGAGACUGUGCCAAUUAAAGCUGUUCCUUUGCAAACGUUUUUCUCUGUCAUAGUUGCCUCAAAGUUACAAAAAUUAUCAGGGGAUCUUGUAAUGAAUAAUCCCCACUGUAUGCUGGAAGUGAGCCCAUUUAUAUAGAAUAUUUAAUGCAUUGUCUUGCCUGAAGAGUGGGUUCGUACCCCACAAGAAGUUCAGCUGGUUUGCUCUGUUGAAAGGCUUUAAAAAGCUAUUCCAGGUGGAGAAAAGUCUCAGGAAUUAAAACAAAGGAUGCUGCAGCUGCACACCAUGGGUUUGGUGUUCAUAGCUCCCCACCUUGUAACAGAGGAAGACUGCUGCCCUGUGGAAGUGGAUUCUGCAAGAGCUGACCUGUCCAUGUCAGAGCUCAUGAAUGAGUUACUGAAUGAUGCCAUCAGGGAUAUAAAUGGGACACUGAUUGUCUCUGUGGCUUUGAUAGUGGAAAAGCAUGGCACUACAUUUCGUUUUUAUUCCAUUAAUAAAUCAGUGCAUCUUC